AUGCGAUUCUCCACCUUUAUGCUCUCGGCCAUCGGGCUUUUCACUGGGACGAGUUUCGGGGCUCGCAUUCUCCAGUCUAACGACGAUGGCUGGGCCGAACUCUACGUUCGAUCGUUCAACGACGCUCUCAACGCCGCCGGCCAUGACGUUGUCCUCUCUUGCCCUGCCGACAAUAAAUCUGGCUCUAGGAGCGGAGCGAUUGGUACCAAUACUACCAACCCUCGCCUGAACUGGGUCAACAGCUACCCUGUUACUGCGAUGCGCUUCGGCAUCUCGACGAUCUCAACCCAAUUUUGGAAUGGCCAACUACCUGACAUCGCUGUUUCUGGUCCUAACGUCGGCUCGAACCUCUGGCUAUCAGUGCCUUUCUCGGGCACCGUUGGCGCUGCUGUAUAUGCCGCUCACGAGGCCGGCGUUCCAUCUAUCGCCUUCUCUGGUGCAUCAGACGGUACUCUUGCCUGGAAUACGUCGCCACCUCCUGCGCGAAGUCUUGUCUAUGGCGAACUAGCCCGUCGAUUGACAGAUGCCGUGCUAGCUAGUGGAAAGCCAUAUCUGCCUUCGGAAGUGUGGUUGAAUGUGAACUUUCCCGAGGUCGGAGGAGAGUGCACCAAAGCAGAUGAUUUCAAAUGGGUGCUAAGCAGAAUCAACAUUGGGUUGUUUUCUGCCCCUGAUGUCAACCACUGCGGCGGAACUCGGCUGCCAACCGAGACAAGCGUAGUGAACCACGAGGGAUGUUUUAUCUCGGUGAGUGUCGGUGACGCAACCGACAAGACAACGGCGCCGGAGGAGAAGCAGGCCAUAGUCUUGCAGAAGCUGGGAAACCUAUUAACUUGCUUGCCUUAG